AUGAAGCCGGGAACUGUCCUGCGUAUCCGCAGCGUGCCGGGUAAUCUGACGUCUGUGAUUGGAAACUGCUCGGCGGCCUACCAUAUCCUAUACCGUACGACCAAUGCUCUGUUCCAGCCUUCAUGGGCAGUUACCACCCUUUACAUUCCAGAGCAUUCAGCGGGCAAAUCACUGCUGUCUUAUCAGUAUCCCUACAACUCACCUGACCUCGAUCAUAGUCCUAGCUACGACUUCUAUUUUGAGCCCUCCGGUGAUGUUGGCGAAGCACUCGGACUGGGAUUAUACGUGAGCGUCCCGGAUCAUGAGGGACCGUUAGCCGCGGAUGGUGCCACUCUUGGUCAAGGUCUUGCAACUUUAGACUCCGUGCGUGCAGUCCUCUCCACAGGCUUUGGGCUUUCAAGCAACGCACGGUAUGCCAUGUGGGGAUACUCCGGCGGUGCAUUGGCCAGUGAAUGGGCUGCUGAGUUACAAGAGCAGUACGCUCCAGAGCUCAGCUUCAGCGGUACCGCGCUUGGUGGAACGCCUCCAAACAUCACCAAUGUCUGGGACUCGGUCAACGGCACUCCUUUUGCUGGUAUGAUCGCUCUGGCAUCCAUUGGAGUCACACAGCAGUUUCCGGAUGCACAUAAAUACCUAAUAAGUCAGCUCAAGCCUGAAGGAGAGUACAACAGGACCACUUAUAUGAGUGCGGCAAAGAUGGGCGCAUACGAAGGUUUUGCGACUUUCGCAGGCCAAGACAUGUGGGAUUAUUUUAUCAAUGGACGAGCUGUGCUGGGUGCUCCGGUCAUUCAGCGGGUUCUUGAUGACAAUUUCUAUAUGAGCUACCAUGGAGUGCCUAAGAUGCGACUGUUCAUGUAUCACGCUAUCCACGAUCAAGUCGCUCGAAUCGAGCUGACCGACAACCUCGUCGCUAGGUAUUGUGGCGUUCACACAAACAUUCACUAUGAGCGCAAUACCAUUGGAGAUCACGUUGGUGAGAUGACAAAUGGUCAGCCGAGAGCUCUUGCUUGGCUGAGUGGCGUUCUCGAUGGUACAAAUACAGCCUCGAGUAGCGGAUGCACGAUCAUGAACGUUACUGUUGGAGAAUCUUCUUGA